CCUUCCCUCCACUCAUUCGUUUCGCGACGCAUCCUCUCGCCGGCCGGCUUCCGCCUCAUUCGCCCGGGCUCAUUCGCACCGCGUCCGCUUGCCGUAUCGCUCGAUCCACACGUUGACCGUACCUAACCCCAGACAUGACGGAGAGUACGGACACCCCCGCGGCGGCAGCGCCCGAGAAGACCCCGACCGAGAAUGGAACCACCGAAACGCCUCCGGAAGAAACCCCCGAAAAGGCAACCGAGGAAAAAGAAAAGGAGACCCCGCCGCCCAAAGAGAUGCGCGCGGUCGUUCUCACCGGCUUCGGGGGUCUCAAAACUGUCAAAAUUUUGAAGAAGCCCGAGCCCACACUAUCCGAAGGCGAGGUCCUCAUUCGCGUCAAAGCCUGCGGCCUCAACUUCCAAGAUUUGAUCGUGCGGCAGGGCGCUAUCGACUCUCCGCCCAAGACUCCCUUCAUCCUCGGCUUCGAAUGCGCAGGAGAGAUCGAACAAGUUGGCGAAGGUGUCACCAAUUUCAAAGUUGGAGACCAGGUGGUAGCCCUGCCGGAGUACAGAGCCUGGGCGGAACUGACAGCCGUGCCAGCGCAGUAUGUGUACGCCCUGCCCGAGGGCAUGUCCGCCCUGGACGCCGUGGCCAUCACCACCAACUACGUGGUCGCCUAUCUGCUGCUCUUUGAAAUGGCCAACUUGACGCCUGGCAAGAGCCUUCUUGUUCAUUCCGCUGGUGGUGGAGUGGGUCAAGCCGUGGCUCAACUAUCGAAGACCGUGGACAACGUGACCGUCUUCGGUGUGUGCUCCAAGAGCAAGCACGAGGCGCUGAAGGCCAAUAACAACAACAUCGAUCAUCUCCUCGAGAGGGGCAGCGACUAUACCAGCGAAGUUAGAAAGGUUUCACCGGAUGGCGUGGACAUAGUCCUCGACUGCCUGUGCGGCGAGGAAUGCAACCGUGGCUACUCUCUCCUCAAACCAAUGGGACGGUACAUCCUCUAUGGAUCAUCUAACAUCGUGACCGGCGAGACCAAGAGCUUCUUCAGCGCCGCGCGUGCUUGGUGGCAAGUGGACAAGGUGUCGCCGAUCAAGCUGUUCGACGAGAACAAGAGCCUGGCCGGCCUCAACCUGCGGCACCUGCUGUUCCAGCACGGCCGCGCCGACACCGUGCGCCGCGCCGUCGAGCGCGUGUUCGCGCUGUGGCGCGACGGCAAGGUCAAGCCCAUCGUUGACUCCACCUGGGCGCUGGAAGACGUCGGUGAGGCGAUGCAGAAAAUGCACGAUCGCAAAAACAUUGGCAAGCUCGUACUGGAUCCAUCUCUGGAGCCUAAACCCAAGCCAGCAACACCCGCUAAGGGUAAAGCUGGAAAAGAGAAGAAACCGGCCAAAGAGAGCUCCGAAGACAAGAAGGAUAAAGAGACGAAAGAAGAAGAGAAGAAGAUAGAGAACGGAGACAAGAAUGGUGAGGAGGUCACUAACGGUAGCGACGAAGAGUCGAAAGAGAAGGAGAAAGAAAAGGAAUCUAGCUGAAUUGUCUCGCCAGAGAACAGGACCAGACAAACCACCGCCAAUUGAUUAUAUUAUUUUAGAGUUGAAGCUGCUCGUUUGGACGGCCGCCUUGUGCUUAUACCGGCGUCUCACUGUGUUGCCUCAUGUUUAUGUUACGAAUAAAAAUAUUAAAAUAUAAGUCUGAGUACGACUCUGUCCGAUCCGAAGCCCCCUUUAUAAUGUUUGGAAUUAAUGCAACAAUCGGUUCGGACAUUCUCGUACCAUCUCUCUUGGUUAAGUUUAGUUGUACACGUUUUUUCAUCACAUUUUAAUUACUUAUAUUUUAUUAAAUUAUAAAAUUCGACAUUCAUACAGCGAAUUUGCAAUGAAUUUCAAUAAUAUUCCAUUUUAUUUUUUAAUCUGGCCUAAGUUCGUUUAUGAACUUUCGAGUCUUUAUAUCUAGUUUUAUGUUUAAGACUUUAUUUUAGGAUGAGAUAUUUUAGUCUGCAGUUAUUUUUAAUGGCUAUUGUAUAUCUAAGGUGCAGAGAUGCUUAAUCUUUAUGUAUGUUAAGCUUUAAUAUUUUAUUAGUAAAUGUUUAAAAUUUGGCCCUGAAGCCCCGCCCUCGAGCCGCGGGUCCGUUCAUUCAUUCACUCGCUCGCCGCAUCUCGGAAAUACUAACGAAUGAAACCUUACGUGUGAUAUUUUGUAUUAGGUAUUCUAGAUUUUGUGCGGUAUUUUUAUGCUGCCUUUACAUGACAUUUUUUUUUUUAGUUGAGCUUAAAAUACGGUUGAGUGUUUUAUAAUUAUAUUUUUAUACUUAGACGUUUUGUAAAUUAUUUUAUAGUUAAGAAGAAAAAAUAUCAAAAAAUUGAUUUAUACUUAAAUUGCUUCUGUUUUUUUUCACUCCUAGUUCACACGAUAGUCCGCAGAGCUCGAAAACUCGACAUUUUUAAAAACGAGCUCACGGAAUGAGAUAUAUUUUGUGGCUGUAAUAAGUAACGACAUCUAUAAUAUAAGUUAUAUUUUUAUAGACCAAAUGUCGACGAUGAGAUCUCUUAUAAAAUAUAAAGCUUUUUAUGUAUCUUUACACAAAUAUCACAUAUCUAAACAUAAACACACUUACACACAAUGUAUAUUAGAGAUAAUGUUUUGAUAACGAUAUUCACUGCAUUUCUUUUUUUAUACCUACCUAGCAUAUAUUAAAAGUACAUAUUCCUGAUUUUCUAAAGGUUGUAAGUAACAUUUACCGCCAUGUAAUGUACAGUAAUAUGGUUAUAACUUAUAGAUGUAUGUACCCAGUACUAAUAAACUUUUUAACUGUAUAACAUAUCAAACGCAUGUAAAAUUUAUAUCUGAAAGGCUGAGGUAGUCCGGAGAUUCCGGAAAAAAUGAGGCUAUACUGUAGUUUCCAGUCCUGCAAACAGACUGCUCAAUGACACCCUGCCAGGCGUUGACGCAACCUAUGUUCGACGCCAGAACCUGAUCGACAGACUCGUAGAAUUUUUAUAAAGUUUUACCCUUUUCGAGCAUUUUUCGCACGAGCAUAAUUUGCGUGAGCGCAUGUUUAUUGUUUAGUGUUAUCUUGUCGUGUAUAUCACUGAAAGUGUUAAGUCCAGAGCGGAAGCAUUUGACGUUUGCCGUUGGUUGUGAGCUCGUGAGCACCGAAAGACCAGACUGCAUCCGACCCGGAUUCAAAUUAGAUAGCUUUCGUGUAAUCGAUAUGUGCGGGCGACACCGCGCCGCUCCGCCUCGCUUGUCGUACGGUGGCUUGGUGCUAGUUUUCGUAUUGUGCGCGCGGAUACAACUGCUUCAGUGUCUCGGACCAAUAUCUUAAAGCUACUUAGUCUUCUUACCAGUAAUCUUUGUCGCUUUAUGUGUCAAAUAAUGUGCGAAUUUCUUAAUGUUAACAUAUUAUAUUAUUAAUUAAAAAUCUUGUGUAUAUCGACCUGUAUAAUGGUUAAGAUUUAUCUGAAUUCUCUUCUAUAAGGUUAACUGACAAAAUUCAAUAGUGACGACGCGACGUGAGCUGGGACGACUGCGCCGUUUGCGAUUGUGUCCAAAUUGUUGUAGGUUAUAGUGUCGAAUUUGAUGCCAAUAUUUAUUGUGCGAGAGCCAGAGUGGCGGCGUAGAGCCCGCGCGGUCGCGCCAGCUGCGCGCUUGACUGGGUCGUCAACGUAUUACACAUUUAUUUUUGUAAGGGCGGGCCAGUGUGAUAUCUAUACUAUGAAAUGGAUAAAUAAAUAUGUAUGAUCUGUAAAAAUGCUUAAA